AGCAAUUGAGGUAAAGAUAGCUGCAUAGAUAUGUAGCCAGGGUUUCAAUGCUUGCUAUUCGUUUCUAAAUAUUACUUGUCAAGUAUUUCCCCGAGCUAUUACAUCUAUCUCAACUUCUCUUCAAUCGUUUAUUCAUAUCUCUUUUGAUCCAGUUAUACUUAUGUCCCAUCGCGUGAAGUAGCUCGAAUCGGUUCCAUAUAUCUACCUAGUUUCAGCCCCUCUUACUAGGGCACCACCAAUCGCGAUCACCUCGUCAACUAUCUCAGGUCCCGGAUCACCAUCAUAUAUUAGGUGCUUAAGGAAAUUUGGAACGCGAUAAUCUGGGUAUUUUGUAGAUAUUGAGGUUCUCGCAGUUUCGUCUACCCAAAUUUUAGACAAUGACGGCGAGGCAAGUAACGACGUGGGAUGAGUACAAUCGCGGGGCUUCGCCUGGUAGAAGCAACAGUCUAUCAUCCCUUGCCAACCAGAGCGUCCAAUCUGAAGAUCAAGCGCUCCUGAGUGAGCAGAGUGGAUAUGACGAUGAGCAGCCCCGACAAACAAAACGAAGAUCGUCUAUAACGAAUCGCCUUGCUACAUUAUCAGACAUUGGUGGUGUCAACAGUAUCAGAUCUUUUAGUAGGAGCUGGCAACGAGCCUCGGUAUUCCCUGAAAUUAUACCGCAACAGCCGUCAUUCGUAUUUGCUCCAGACCAAGAGCCAGUCCAGACGGUAGAUCCUAGUCCUUACGCCAGGCGCGAUGUCGAAGCAGGCCCCAGGGCAUCUCUUCUAAGAAGAGAUCUUGAAGAAGCACCAGCGUCUAGCACUGCCGACUAUGAGGAUUCUGGACCCGUGGGAACGCCCCCGUCACGGACCGAAGGCCAGGAAGGCGAACGAAAACCUUUUGGUGGUGACCUUUUCAGAACGGCUUCGCCAUCUGGCUCUAUUCGCAGCACAUCGAUAUUCUCGACACCGCCACACCUAGCUGUUCCUCCUCUGAUCGGUAGCUAUGGUUCCAUUCGAAGUUACGGUACUGUCGAGUCGGCGGCUACCCAUUCUACCAUGAUCCAUGCCGCAGACCUAUGGCGCCAACAGCAAGAAUCUGGCGCAAAUGUGCCUGAUGGAGAACGCCAACCCAUCUUAGUGAAAGAGGUCGAGCAGGAAGGAAGAAUUGUGUUACAAGUAUCCGGUCAAUCAACUUUACCCCAGACAGUUGUAAAUUCUACCAACGUAUUGAUUGGCGUUGGCUUAUUGAGUCUCCCUAUGGGCCUGAAGUAUGCCGGUUGGAUCUGUGGGCUAAUCGCACUUGGUUUAUGCGCCGCGGUGACCAGCUGGACGGCGAGGUUGUUGGCAAAAUGCAUGGAUCUCGACCCUACCAUGAUCACAUUUUCCGACAUAGCGUUUAUUUCCUUUGGUAGGAAAGCGCGCAUUGCAACAGCCGUACUAUUCACCCUCGAGUUGCUUGCAGCUUGUGUGGCUCUUAUUGUCCUUUUCGCUGACUCUCUAGCGCUUUUAUUUCCUGGUACAUUGAGCGUCACCGAGUGGAAAGUCCUCUGUACUAUAAUCAUGAUACCCUUGCAAUUUGCUCCGCUAUCUAUUUUAUCAUUUACAAGUUUCAUCGGGGUGGUCUCGUGUCUAAGCAUCGUAAUUAUUGUCAUACUUGAUGGCUUAUUGAAACCCCAUACUCCUGGUUCUCUCAUAGAACCAGCUGCGACCUACCUAUUCCCUGCCAAUUGGUUAACUUUACCCUUAUCCUUUGGAUUACUUAUGUCACCAUGGGGUGGGCACAGUGUUUUUCCAAACAUAUACCGUGAUAUGCGUCAUCCAUACCGUUAUAAAGAGGCGGUUACAUACACAUUUAGCUUUACCCUGAUAGUAGAUGCUGCAGUAGCCAUCGUGGGAGUUAUCAUGUUUGGAGACGGUGUUCGUGAUGAGAUCACAAGCAAUAUUCUUCAAACCACGGGUUACCCUAACGCUUUGAAUAUUCUCCUCGUGGUUUUUAUCGCUAUCAUUCCCCUAACUAAAAUCCCUCUAAAUUCACAGCCGAUCGUCACAACACUAGAAGUUGUAUUCGGUCUUCGCCAGCAAGUUGUUGCCGAAGAGGCGUCCUUGAUCGGAUUGUCCAGUACCUCAAGGGGGUUACUAAAAGCUCUGGUACGAGUGUUGACGCUAUUGGUAUUUUUGGGAAUUGCUAUUCUCUUCCCGUCGUUUGAUUCGAUAAUGGCUUUUAUGGGUAGCGCUCUCUGCUUCACGAUUUGUGUCACACUUCCUCUAGCCUUCUACCUAAAGCUAUUCGGACAUGAGAUCGCUGCAGGAGAGCGCAUUCUCGUUUGGACUGUCAUGCUCACAUCUCUCACCAUCUCCAUCAUCGGGACAGUCUGGGCCUUCCUACCAAAAGAUCUUAUUGGAGCGAAUAACUAAGUGGAUUCGGGAACUAUUCUUCGUACCUGAAUGUUUCAAAUAAGGGGGAUUUCUUCGGUAUCUAAAAGUGUUUGAUGAUUUCAUCAACGAUGGGGUCCAUGUGCAUCUUGAAGCGUUAGCAAGGAGCAUAGCGUCGAUUAGUAUAGUACAAUAGCAUUAUGACUGUCACUCAUCGUAGUAACCUGAAU